CCGGAGCAGCGCCAUGAAGCGCCAGAACGUGCGCACCCUCGCCCUCAUCGUGUGCACCUUCACCUACCUGCUGGUGGGCGCCGCCGUCUUCGACGCCCUGGAGUCCAAGCAGGAGACCUCUGAGAGGCGGCGGCUGGAGGAGAGCCGGGCCAGGCUCAUGGCCAAGUACAACCUGAGCGAACACAACUACGAGAAGCUCGAGCAGGUGGUGCUGAGCCUCAAGCCGCACAAAGCCGGGGUGCAGUGGAAAUUCGCGGGAUCUUUCUACUUCGCCAUCACCGUCAUCACCACGAUCGGGUAUGGCCAUGCUGCUCCCAGCACCGAUGAAGGAAAGGUUUUCUGUAUGUUUUAUGCCCUGCUUGGGAUUCCCCUCACUCUGGUCAUGUUUCAGAGCAUGGGAGAGAGAAUCAACACAUUUGUCAAGUAUCUCCUGCACAGAUUCAAGAAGUGCCUUAAAAUGAAGCGAACAGAGGUCUCCAUGGCAAACAUGGUCACCAUUGGCUUUUUCUCCUGCAUUAGCACUCUCUGCAUUGGAGCUGGUGCAUUCUCAUAUUAUGAGGACUGGAGCUUUUUCCAUGCGUAUUACUAUUGCUUCAUCACACUCACUACCAUUGGGUUUGGGGACUAUGUGGCACUACAGAAGCACGAUGCUCUUCAGAACAACCCUCAUUAUGUGGCAUUUAGUUUUGUCUACAUUUUGACAGGUCUGACAGUGAUUGGAGCAUUCCUCAACCUGGUAGUUCUGAGGUUCAUGACAAUGAACGCAGAGGAUGAAAAGCGUGAUGCAGAACAGAGGGCCUUGCUUUUGAGAAACGGGGGGCAACCUACCAUCCGCACCACAGAAACAUCUGGAAGCUUCCGGAACAUGUAUGCAGAAGUUCUCCACUUUCACUCCAUGUGCUCGUGCCUGUGGUACAAGAGUCGUGAGAAGUUGCAUUAUUCAAUUCCUAUGAUCAUCCCCAGGGACAUGUCUACGUCUGACACAUGCAUCGAGCAGAGUGAUGCAUCUCCUAACAGGCUUCCUGAGACUGUCUCAAAUGGGUGUGUGUGUAAUCUGCACAGAUCUGCUAUUAGUUCUGUGUCGACAGGACUCCACAGCUUAUCUGCCCUCAGAGGACUCAUGAAAAGGCGAAGUUCUGUGUAAUUAGAUACAUUCAAAGAUGCUUAAGGUUGUGAUGUACAUAAUAAUUAACGUUCCAUAGGAAUUAGAAAAUCAAA